AUGGAUGGUUAUGGGAAUGGAGAUUUGAGCAAGGAGGAUCAGAGGAGAUCAGUGGAAGAGGAGUCUGCAAGGGGACAACGUGAAGACAAAGUAAGAGGAGUCUGCAAGGGAGCAACAGAUCACAACGAAGACUUGGAUCAAGACAGGAUCAAGAACGAUCGAGCAGAACUGAAGAUACAACAAGAUUGUCCAGGUGGGACGAUCAUUGUGCGAACAUGGGAAGAGAACGAAAUAUCAAAGUUCUCCAAAUCAAGAAGAGAAGAGUCACAUAAGAGACCAUUCUAA